UAAUGUGAAUGCAGUUAAAAAUGUAUAAACAGAAAUUAUUUAUUUUUAAGUACGUUCAAAAGUGAAAGUGUAGCAUCGUUGAAAGAGACGGCAGCAUCUUUUAGACAUUUUUCGUUACGUAGAUGACGAAAGAAGAAUCGAUCGGAGAAGUUUAAAUUUACAUCCGCUGCGCCGCCGGUAAGCACGCGUGAAACGCACCGAAGAAUUCGCCCUAAUGAGCGUGGAACGAAGGGGUGUCAUUUCAGACGUUCUAUCCCCGUUUCCCAUCGACACGGACAGCUUUGCUCGAGGGGUGUUGUCAGUGCGGCAAAUAUGUUGACAGGUCAUUCAACAUCUUUCCGCUGUUGGCAGCGGCGGUUCCGCUGAAGAUGCGUGACCGGAGCUAUGUUGCACCUCAGAAUAUCCAUAGCUAAGAUUGGCUCAUCUUUCUCUUUCUCUUUCUUUGGGUUUUUUUCUUUUUUGUAAAAACGAGGCGCUUCAAACAAAGAACUCUAAUUUCAUGAACUAUUAAGAGAACACGAAAACGAAACAAAGAGGCACCUUCUAACUAAAGUAGAAUACUCCGACCCGUUAUCUAUAUUAAGGGAGUAAGUUCUUCUACGUAUUCAACUGCCAGGAAUAUACUUUAAAUCUUUGCAAGAUGUAGAUUUGACCGGCAUGAAAAGUAAACAAAAACUGAUCGAUUACAGCUCAAGAGAGUGAAAGAGAAAGAGAGAGAGAGAGAGAAUGAGCAAUACAGUUUAACCGAAUAACGUCAUCGAGUGUCCAAGAAGUCUGAGAUCGUUUUCGGUUACAACUAAAAAUAUGACAUGCCGUCAAAGUAUCGGAAAGUGGAAGACGAUGCAAUCUCUUUCCCCUUUUCGUUCUAUCGUGUACUGCAAAAAUAGAAGAGAGAAAGAGAGAAUCUCGUUGGACUAACAACAGUACACAUCGCCAGCUGCGGCCACAUGGCAUUCUUUCUGUGAUCUUGCUCUAAGAGCUCGUUAAUACGAUCCUCUCGGAUGUUGCCAACGCACAGUUAAUAUUAGUUUCGAGUAUGUUUUCUUAACGUAUGAGCGUUCUUUUGGGUGGCCAACUUUUAAGUGCCGUACCCUCGAACGUUAUGUUCUACCCUUGUUUUGGAUAAAAAUCUAUAUACUCGAACGGAGAGGAAGCGGCACGGUUUACAUUACUUCCUAAAAAAAAGUAGUUCAGCUAUCGAGGAAGAAACCACUGCAGGCUGGAACAUUACAAGUCAUUCUGUCAGAAUGUUUGAUGUACAAAGCAUUCCGAAAUCUAAAUAUAACUCGACAAACUUAAUAAGAUUCCUCGCUCUAGCUACUGGCCCAAAUGUGGAAAAGCGUAGCAGCUGUAGGGGGAUUCCUUGUGGGCUAAGGCUUGUAAAUACAAUUUGCACGACAAAUUAAUGCAUCUCGUACCGAUGUUUUACUGGAAUAAACAAGCAUGUCUCGGUUGCUCACGCGAAUCAGACCUCGAUAAAUCUUUCCGUUUCGCGUAAAGCGAUUCUCUGUGCGUACAUAUACCGGUCAGAGGAUCUGCUCACGGAAGAUCGAUAGUAUCCCGUCACGGGGGUGGCUGGUAAUCAAAGAAGAUCUUUGCUUUUUUCUCGAGGUGAUACAACCACGAUGGUAACAAGAACAUCGAGAUACGAGUUGGUCUCGAUUGGCUUAGCGUUUGCGAGGGUGGCGGGGUUUCUUCGCGUUUCGAGCCAAUCCCGUCGUGUUCCUUCUCUAAAAAUACAUUUUGAAUCAGUAGGAGGAGAUGAAGAGACACCUCCUUCGUCGAAGGAAAAAGAUUACUCUAAGCAUAUAACUCAUUCAACAGUGCAUACUGACCGUUACAUUGGCUAGAGUCUCGCGGACCAACGAGCAGUUCGAAGAGUGCGAGAUACUCGAUGAAUGCGUUGUCAAUCAUAAUUCUUCUUCGUCAAAUAUUAUUCACCACUUUAUUGUGUCAAUUCUAACAGUACCGAAAGUUUUUCAAGUGAUUAUUCAAACGUGCAUCAAGAGAAAAUGCUAUGCCGUGAUACAUAUUUUGUAUACUGAAAAAAAUACGUUGUUAGAGUAGUAUUAGUAAGGAUUCGAAAUGAAGACUGAAAGUGGCAAUUCGAAUCAAGCUAACUCCGGCAUGGAGCAACGUCUGAGAAGUCCAAAGUGCGCGAGAUGCAGGAACCACGGUGUGAUUUCUGGUCUGAAGGGUCACAAGAGGUCGUGCGCGUGGAAGGACUGUCGUUGUCCUUGCUGUUUGCUGGUGGUCGAAAGACAACGGGUAAUGGCAGCGCAAGUUGCGCUAAGGAGGCAACAGCAGGCUCAAGGGAAUUACUUCGCCGAAAACGUCUCGACAGUCUGUCAUCCCCCGAUAGACACGUCAGGUUCCCCGUAUCUGCUCAAAGCCGACCAGAGUCCUCUCUGUCGAAGAACAAAGAAUUUUCAACGUCAUCAAUUGCACUUCACGCAAACCAGCAUCAGCGUGACACAGGGUUUCUAUGGGUUGAAGACGAUCCAUAGUUUACCUACGCCAUUUACCGCAGAUGCUCCAUUAUUGAAUGGCUUAUCGCAUAAUCAAGAAUAUCGCCAAGAAUCCGAAGAUUCGAAGAAAUUACAACCUUUCCCGGCUACGUAUUCCGCAAUUCCGUGGUUUGAACAUGUAACAGAACCUCGGAGAAUGAAAAAAAACUUUAACAAUUUCACUUCCGCUGUGACAGAUCUCAAUAAUAUUUCUGCAGCUAAAAAUGGACCUUGCUUGGAGAAAAAGUCCACGAUUUCAUUCAGCGUGGAAUCAAUCAUCGGAACGAAAUGAUGCGGACGACUGAUUUUUACUUAGCAUGAGAUUGCAUUUCAUUGUAAAUAGUACUCGCCUUUAUGGUUUGUUUACACUUAUUAACUUAUGGAAUAAAAAAAGAUUGAAUAGAAGAUAUACAAGAAUUAAUUUUUUAAGAAUUUAUAUAAAUUGCACUAGUCGAAUUAUCUUUUUAUAAAAUACAACCAAAAUACAUUUUACAUUAACAUCGCGACAAACUUAUUAAACGAUAGUUAUUUUAAAUGUAUCAUUGAUUUUUAGAUAACAAAUAUAUUGUUAUAUUAUAUUCUAUAAUUUGUGUAAUAACUUAACAAAAUAAAUAUGAACACAUACUAAGGAACAUACCGUCUGAAUUCAUAUGAAUUUGCACUAUCUUAACCUCUAAUCCUAUAUAACAAUGUACCGAUUAAUAAUUUAGUAAUUCCAUUUCUUGUAAACUAUUGGUAAC